AUGCCUCGACUCCGCAACGUCGGCUCGGUGCAGGCGCUUUGCGACCGCGGCCUCUUCCGCGCCACAUCGGCGCUGCAGAUUCUGGGUGGUCUCGGUGAGGUCUUUGCAGAGGGCCUCACCGGCAUCAUUGGCGCUGCCGAGGCAACGAGCGAGGUGGAUGCAACGGCAGGAGAUGGCACCUUCCGCGGGACCGAGCCCGUGAACCGGGUGGAGGUGUUUAUCAGCCACACCUGGAGCUCCGGGCGUUGGCCGAAGUACCUGAGCAUGUGCUACUUUCUCAACUUGGGCAUAGCGGUGAAGUCGGCGCUCGUCUGCUGGGUGCUCGCCGUUGCCAGCCUUUGCGUCGUGCAGGCGUACAUAAGGGGCAUCUGCGACCGCUACUAUCUUUUUCCUCUGCUUAUCGAGCUUCCGGUACUGGCAUUCUUUGUUUUCUUCUUCUUCGGCCAGCAUCUGACUGGCGGCUGCUUCGCACCAUCCUUCUGGCUCGACAAGCUAUGCAUCCACCAGACAAAGCAUGAUCUCAAGGCGCAGCAAGUGGCCGCGCUGCCGGUUUUCGUUGCCAGGUCUACAAGGAUGCUCGUUCUCUGGGACGACACGUAUUUCGAAAGGCUAUGGUGCAACAUGGAGAUGGCCACGUUCGCAAAGUACUCGUCCAGCCCAGAAAAGAUGGAAUUCUUGCCGCUGUGGCUUGCUCCUUGGAUGCUGUCCUCUGUUCUGCUGGACCUCUUGGGUGUCACCCUCGUCUGCUGCAUGCAAAGAUCCGCCAGCGGGGAAGGCUACGAAGACAACAUCGAUGCUAUCGCUGAGCACGGCGCAGAGCUGAUGGGAGGUUCUCCGGACAUACGGAUCUUCAUCCACAUGUUUUUGGAGGUCUUCCCAAGCUUCCUCUGCUAUCUCCCAGUGGCCUUGCCCACUCUCCUAUCCUUCAAAAGGAAGAUCAAAGGGCAUGAGCUGAUGCUCGAGCAGAUGGCAGCCUUCGACCUAAAGAAUGCGAAGUGCUCCGUGGAAGCAGAUCGACCUCUGGUGGAAGAGCAAGUUGCCCUGCACUUCCAGCCGGAGAUAGACCACGAAGUCAUCGUCGCAGGCGCAGCUGAAGCGGCGCCCCCUAUCGAGGCUCAGGACUCGCAUGAAGAGGCCCUGGAGCGGUUCAACAACUACGUCCAGGGCCCGCUGCGGGCGGCAUGCUUGGACAGCAUUGGUGACCAAAAGGACGUGCCGCUGCACCUUUGCUACAUCUGCUUCCUGCCGAUGUCUUUCUAUGCCGCUGUCAAUGUCACUCCCUUCGCGUAUGGCGACUGCACCAUGUCCUACUCGACCAUGGGCUUCGAUAGCCCGAAUCACUUGAUGGUUACCUUCGCCACGUGCUGGCUCUGCACACAGCUGCUUGUCUUCCCAGUGACCUUCCCGCUGCUCCUGCGCACGCUGCAACUCAUCGAAUCGAUCUGCAGCAACAAGGUCCUGCGGCUCCUUCUUGGCUCCAUCGGCAGCGCGUUCGCCUACUCUUACACCUUCUUCUGUGCCGGCGCCGUCUGGGGUGUCACCACUGUCGUCAGUCAGAGCUUCUCGCCGACUUGGCUGCUAAUCUACCUCACCGUCAUCGCUUGCCUGGCUUUUCAAGCCUGGCUCUUCUUUGGGAAGCGGCCCAAGCCCAGCUGCAGCUGUCGGUGCCUGGAGCCCAUCGGCGGUGACGAUUGCAAGCCCAUGCUAGAUGACCAAACCACCUGGGUCAAAGAUGGUCGUGCUCUGGGGAUCCCUUCCGAUAACGAUCUCCGAGUCAAUGCACCGGACGUGAGCAGAGUCGCUCGUCGGCGCUUUCCACAGAUCAUCAACGGAGAGAUUGCCGAUAUGGUCGCCACGCUGGCUGGCCCACUGUGCGUCACUCUCCGACUGGUCGCACAGCGAGUGAAACAGAAGAUUGGGGGUCGCCACGAACCCGAGGUUUCGAAGCCCGGUGAGCCUGGCGAUGACGCCCCUGGCCCUGAUGACGAUGCGGAAGAUGACGACAGCGGCUCCAAAGACAUUCUUCAGUUCACCACGAUCUACUUCGUCGAGGUCGAGAAGGAAGACACACUCACGGUGGAUGUCAUGCGCCUGGGGAAGAUGGAGGACACCAUCAAGGUGAAGUACUACACGGAAGAUGGUUCGGCGAAGGCCGGCGUCAGCUACGCGCACACCGAAGGCGAGUUGGUCUUCCCGCCUGGCGAGUACCGGCAAUCCAUCGAGAUCGAAGUUGUGAAGAACCCGCGUUGGGCACCGACCCUGGAGUACAAGGUGCAGCUCUCCGACCCCUCGGGGUGCAACCUCGGCAUGUACUUGAAGACGGCCCGGGUGAAGUGCAUUGAUACCAAGCCCUUCCCGACCGCUCAGUACAAGCCGUCGCCCAAUCCCGGAUCCGUGAAGAGUAAGCUCCGGCUUCUCCGAGAGUACUACAAGCUCUGCUUCCAAGUGCCAGGGACGAAGUGGCGUACCUUCCUGACCCUGUUCAUAGACCAGUUCAAGAACGGCUACAACGUCGCUAAGCUACUUCUGAAUGUGUAUAUCGUUGACGUACUUUUCAACACCGCCGACCCCACCACCCAGGACGCCCUCUUGCUACCCGACCGUGCGGGCACUGCCGUUCUCGUGGGCCUCUUCUACGUGUUGCCGAUGGUUGCCAUUCACAUCGGCGGUAUCGUCAAGGUCCAGAUGGACUUGCCCGGGCAGCUGCGUCUAUUUUUACAAUGCUGUUUGUUCCGGAAAUACUUGAACUACAGCGAAGAAUCUCGCGCUUCUGUGGUUCCGUCUGAUAUGCAAACGGCGAUCACCAACGACGCAGGCAGUUGUGCCACUGCGUAUGCCAAGUUGCUGGAUCUCAUUGCGGUUUGUCUGGAGCUUAUUGUCUUCACAUACUUCACGCUCGACCGGAACCCCGCUGCUAUCGUGUACAUCGUGGCCAUGCCAGCAUGCAUGGUGGUGUAUGUCGCGUUCGUCAAAUCUCUGUGCCGGAAGGACGUUGACGCGUUCAAGGCGCAAAACAAACUGGUCCUCCGCAUCGUUGCAGAGGUCUGCGAGCGUUACCGCCUCGUGGCCGAUUAUUUCCAGCGACCGCAGAUGAACGAGGGCUUCGCAACGUCAGCAUCAUCUCUGCGGCAGAAACAGAGCCGGAAAGCCCUGGCAAAUCUGAACGACGACAUGUUUCCACAAUGGUUGGGCCCUGGCUUCACCGCCCUCUACAUUUCCUUUGAUGCCAACAACGUCUUGAAUGGUCAGGUCACGCUGGGGACUUUCCUGGCGACGAUCAGCAUUUUGGGAAGCAUCAGCGGCCAGUUUGCGAGGGCUUAUGGUGUUAUCCUCGACAUCCUGGAGCUGGCGGCUCCAGUGCAGAAGUUGACCGGCUUCUACAACAAGCCCACGGACCUGAUGACCUGGAAGGGUGUAAACCGGCAGCGGCGCGAGAACACGAAAGCAGCUCGCAAAGCCCUCCUGGAGAAGGAGGCGGCGGGUGGACCUCCAGUGCUGUACAAGACCGACCUCAUUGAAAUGAGGCUGGAGGGCGUGUGCUAUGCAAACCCAGCAAAGACGCUCUUCAGCAAAGUUGACGUCACCAUUCCACAAGGAAAGCUCGUUGCAGUAAAUGGGUCGCAUGGCUCUGGAAAGGCCACCUUGAUGAGGCUGCUCGCUCACAUCAUCUUCCCUCAGGACGGCUGCAUAUUCGUCCCGUCGCACCUUCGCAUCUUGCAUUUGGCGCAGGAGCCAAUGCUCUUGAAUGCUUCUGCCUGGGUGAACCUGGUCUUCGGGGUCGGAGACCGGCCCGUCGUCCCAAAGCGGAUCCGCACAAUCCUGGAGAUGAUGGGGAUGCAGGCCACCCUGAAGCUGAUCGAGGAGGACCUGGACCGUGUGGCUCGCGAGGGACGCCGGGCGGCGGGAGAUACCUGGAAUCGGCCGCCGGACAACAAGUGGAUGGACGGCAUCACUUACACAGAAAAGGUGAAGAUCAAUCUUGCGCGCGCCAUGAUCAUGAACCCGGAAGUCAUGGUCGCCCAGCGGCCGCUUCACCACUACGAUGCCAAAACUGCCGUCCAGAUGACGUGGCUCAAAGCCGUCCUGGUCGCCAUCGUGGGAAGUGUGGACCAGGCUGUCACGGAGCAGUUGGCACCCAAUGGUGGCAACACAGACAAGAUGAGAGCCAUACAAAAGGCGCUUACCCAAGCGCGGAAAGCGGAGGCUCGCGCAAGAAAGGUCAAGGAAGACCAACAAUACCGCGAACAGCAGUGGGAUUUGUGGACGAAGAAGCACAAGGCCGACUUCGUGAAACAGCGACGCAGGUUCGAUGCCGACUCUGCCAAGGCGAAGGAGGACCUAGCAGCCGCCACGCUUGCGGGACAACAGGCGGCCAUGCUGGUACAGAUGAUCGUCAAUGGCAAGCCAGUGCCAGAGCCAAGCUUCGACGAAGAAUCGGCAGAAUGGGAAGCCCUCAUUCGCCAGGACCCACAACAGCCACACCACGAGAGCUUCAUGCAGGAGGCUAUGGAUGCAGCAAUGGGUGCGGGAUUUACAUUCCCGCACACAGGCUCCCAGGAGCACAGUGUCCCGGAUGGGACACACAGCACUGGACCACCACGACAAUUGCGACCAGAGAUCCUUCAACAGCUCCUACAGUAUGCGGGCUUGCAGCAUGCAGGUUUCAUGGCGGCACCCGGGCUGUUGCCACCUCCCACGGCGUUCCCACCACAAGGGGAGCCACGCCCCGGCACGUCUCAACCGGAAGCCACCUAUGCAGCGCCUACCAUGGAAGCCACCGAUGGUGCACCAGCACCUUUCCAAGCUGCAUCUCCCAGCACGUUACGGCCCGACAACCAUACGACCGACUACAUGAUGGGAGAUGCCAAGACAGCCGGCACAACCAAAGAUGUGCGGACUUCGCCACACCAUCCAGGACAGCGAGAUCUACAGCAAGCUCGAGUGCCUACAUCACAAGCACCUCCGCGAACAGGGAUCAAAGAGGCAUCUGUUGCAGCCACUGCGCCACAACACCACUCUACAGGUGCUACCUUGGCUGCCAAGCUCGAACAUGCUCGCGAACAGCUGCUCGCCGAACAGGCCAACCAAGCAGCUCAACCGGCUAUGGCUCCAUUGUUCCUAGUUCCCACGGUGAUUGCCGACGACGAUGGCGAUCAGGAACAAGAGCCAGCGCCAGAUCUUCACAAGCUUUCCUAG